AUGACCGCGUCAAAAAAACUUGCAAAAGAAGUAUCAGCACCUACAACUAACCCAAAUCGGGAUGUGAGAUGCCGUGAGGCGAGAAGGCUUAUAGCUGAAUAUAUUUGGGAAAAGGUUCAGCGAAGGGUCGACCCGCUGACUAUAACUUCAUCGCAACCGCGCAGAGGACCAUGGCAGGUUGUAACUAACGGCGAAGACUGGCCUCGCAUAACCCUGAAGACGAUCACCAUCAAAGACUUUGAUCUUAUCCGGCAAAAACUCGCGGAAAACAAGAUUGACAUUAUUUUCGACGAAACCGGAGCCGAAACCACAGCUCCUGAGCCGGCUGGCGCCAUGAGCCAAGAAAUGGCUACGCUGCCCCAACAGAUACCACCUCAUGAUGUUGUAUCGGGGCUGGCAGUACAUCACGAAUCUACUCCGGAACCGACGGCGUCUCACGAACCGGCAAACCCCGCUGAACUUGACGACGCCAUCCCGGUGCUUGUAUCGAAAAAGAAUAUUCUUCGACUGGAUCUAUUUCAGGACCUUACUUCAGAGAAUAAGCGACUUAAAGAAGAACUAGCCGCCUCACAAAAAGAAAUUGUGUUGCUCCGGAACGAACUUGAUCAGUAUAGAGGGACUCCCUCGGUAACAAUGGAUAGGCCAAGAAACGAUGGGGGCUUGAACAUAACCCCACCCGAUGUCCUGGACAGGGUCGCUUUCUUGGAGAAUAUUCUGAGGAGGAGGCCCGAUCUGUUUCCAAAUUUAUAUGAUGGAGCGUAA